AGGGGCGGGCAUGCUGCGCAGCCUGGGGCUGGUGGGCACCAUCGCGGAGGGGGACGCGGGGCCCGAGGAGCCCGAGUCGGGAGAUUCUGAGGAUGAAGAGGAGGUGCGGCCGGCGCCGGGCUCCGGACGGCGGGGAGCGGCAGGAGGGGACUUCAGCUCCGCCUUCGUGUUCGGCGAGGUGGAGGCCGGCGGGGAGGGCGCCUGGGCGGCAGCGCUGCGGCAGCUCCGCGGCAAGAGAUCGGCUACCACGCUGGAUGAGAAGAUUGAGAAAGUGAGGCAGAAAAGGAAGAUUCAGGAAAAAGAAGCUAAGCAAGCAAAAGUGAAAGAUGGCGAUGCAGGAACUGAGGAUAAUCAGUCCGAAAAGAGGGAAUGUGAGGACUUUGGUAGAGAGGAAGAAGAGGACAACGAGUCCCAGUACUCAUUGGAUGAUGAAACUAUCUUCACAAAAGCAGAUACAAUUAAAGUGAAGGAAAGGAAGAGAUCGAAAAAAGGAGGACAAAAAGAAGCAGAAUGCUUUUUUGAAGAUGCUUCUCAAUACGAUGAUAGCUUGUCAUUCCAGGACAUGAAUCUUUCCCGACCUUUGCUUAAGGCAAUCACAGCUCUUGGUUUCAAGCAGCCAACUCCAAUUCAGAAGGCUUGUAUCCCAGUGGGUCUUCUGGGGAAGGAUAUUUGUGCUUGUGCUGCUACUGGUACAGGCAAAACAGCUGCCUUCAUCUUGCCUGUGCUUGAGCGCCUGAUUUACAAACCUCGUCAGGCCCCAAUAACGAGGGUACUGGUUCUUGUGCCAACACGAGAACUGGGUAUUCAGGUGCAUUCUGUCACAAAACAGCUGGCACAGUUCAGCAGUGUCACAACUUGCCUUGCUGUAGGUGGCCUAGAUGUGAAGACUCAGGAAGCAGCUCUGCGCUCUGGGCCGGACAUUCUUAUUGCAACUCCUGGGCGACUAAUUGAUCAUCUCCACAACUGUCCCUCUUUCCACCUGAGCAGUGUGGAAGUGCUUAUUUUGGAUGAAGCGGACAGGAUGCUGGAUGAGUACUUUGAGGAACAGAUGAAGGAAAUAAUCAGGUUAUGUUCCAAGCACCGGCAGACAAUGCUUUUCUCUGCCACAAUGACAGAGGAGGUGAAAGAUUUGGCUUCUGUUUCCCUGAAGAAUCCCACCCGAAUUUUUGUGAACAGCAACACAGAUGUUGCCCCUUUCCUGAGGCAGGAAUUCAUCCGGAUCAGACCCAACCGAGAGGGAGACCGUGAGGCCAUUGUGUCAGCUCUACUGACACGGACCUUCCCAGAUCAUGUGAUGCUUUUCACCCAGACAAAGAAGCAAGCUCAUCGUAUGCACAUCCUGCUUGGGUUGAUGGGUCUGCGGGUUGGGGAGCUUCAUGGGAACCUCUCCCAGGCACAGCGACUGGAAGCACUCAGGCGUUUUAAGGAUGAGCAGAUUGAUAUUCUGGUAGCUACAGAUGUGGCUGCGCGAGGACUUGACAUAGAAGGUGUUAAAACAGUGAUCAAUUUUACCAUGCCCAACACCACCAAACACUACGUUCAUCGAGUGGGUCGAACAGCAAGAGCAGGUAGGGCUGGUCGUUCAGUUUCACUCGUGGGUGAGGAAGAGCGGAAGAUGCUGAAGGAGAUUGUGAAGUCUGCCAAAACACCAGUGAAAGCCAGAAUUCUCCCUCAAGAUGUCAUACUGAAAUUCCGAGAAAAGAUUGAGAAUCUGGAGAAAGAUGUGUAUGCAGUUCUGUGCCUGGAGCGUGAGGAACGUGAAAUGCAGCAGUCAGAGGCCCAGAUCAAUAAGGCAAAGAAGCAGUUGGAGGAAGGAAAACAGGAGACUGCAGCCAAGGGUGUGGAGCGGAGCUGGUUCCAGACCCGUGAGGAGAGGAAGAAAGAAAAACUGGCUAAAGCACUGCAGGAGUUUGACCUAGCAUUACGAGGCAAAAAAAAAAGGAAGAAAUUUAUGCAGGACACACAGAGAAAAGUCCAAAUGACACCAGAGGAGAGGUCGCAGUUUGAAAUCUUGAAAUCUCAAAUGUAUGCUGAGCGGCUGGCAAAAAGAAAUCGGCGACUGAAGCGGGCCCGAGCUUUGCCAGAAGAGGAACCAGCAGCAGCACCAAAAGGCCCCAAGCGGAAGAAAAAGGUGUCUGUGUUUGAUGAAGAGCUUACCAACACAAGCAGGAAGGCUCUGAAGCAGUAUCGUGCAGGUCCAUCGUUUGAGGAUCGGAAACGCUUGGGUAUGGCCCAACGUAGGAAAGGAGGAAACUUUAAAUCCAAGUCCAGGUACAAGAGGAAGUAAGAAUUGUUUUACAAGUGGGGAAUCCGGGCUAUCUGGACACUUCAGACUUUUCUCCAGGGCCUGGAUUUCUUCACAUGGGGAGGAGCUGAAUAGAUUUUCAUCAGGUCUCAGAAUAGCUUUGGAUUGUUCAUUUAUAGCUGGUUGAACACUAUGUGAAAAUAUUUUCAGCCAAUAUAAUAA